CUCGUUCAGCGUCACAUUGAGUAGAUUACCAAAGCUUCUCGAACAUGUCUGGACGCGGCAAAGGCGGAAAGGGGCUCGGAAAAGGAGGCGCCAAGCGUCAUCGUAAAGUACUUCGUGAUAACAUCCAGGGAAUCACCAAGCCCGCCAUUCGCCGUCUGGCUCGUCGUGGCGGUGUGAAGCGUAUCUCCGGCCUCAUCUACGAGGAGACCCGCGGUGUCCUCAAGGUGUUCCUGGAGAACGUGAUCCGUGAUGCCGUCACCUACACCGAGCACGCCAAGAGGAAGACCGUCACCGCCAUGGAUGUUGUCUAUGCUCUGAAGAGGCAGGGACGUACCCUGUACGGUUUCGGCGGUUAAACCAUUUUUCGACCAACUAUAAACCCAAAGGCUCUUUUAAGAGCCAACCAAAUAAUUCUAAGAGAUUCUUACCAUGAUCUACGUUUUAGUUUGCGCUGAAUAAUUGUUAUGGACCUAGUAUCGGUUGGUGUUAAUGCCACAAUAUUAAUAACUUGUGUUGCCUGUUGUGAAAAUAGUAAACUGACCUGAAGUCAGAUGGUUAUUUAGACUAAUUAAACGGAAUACCGAGAGUAGUUAUGGCG